AUGUUCAUGCGCCUGGACGUGCGAUUCCUCACGGCUGCAGUUGCCCUGGUCAUCAUCGAGGGCCUUUGUGGGGUUAUCAACGCACUGCAGACGAUAAAGCUCGCCGCGCUGAGCGCCUCCCAGACAGUGAUGCUGCUGGUUGCGAGUGCCUCCGUGUUGAUUGUGGCAGCGUACUUUGCGGUGGAGGAGUUUAUGCCCAGCGAGAUGGGCAACCUGGACCGCUUCGUGGAGGUGCACAAGGCCAUGCAGGCCCACACUGGUCCCUGGCACUGA